CAUACCGCGCUGUCACGGCCGCUGCAGGCAAACGGCAACGAGCAUUUGCCGCAGACGUGAGAGAAGCUGCAUUCUCGUCGAGGUGCUUCCCGUCGGUCCGCUCAGAGCACUACGCCUCUGACGCGGAGGUUUGAAGCCGUACGCGAUAAAGCUGUUGCUCAACGUAAUACGAAAAGUCAGGACGAUGUUCGCAUGUGGAGAGAGCACUACAGGAAGAUAUUCCCUACUUUCGUGUUCUACUUCGAAGGUAUUCAAGAUGAUGUCCGCCGUAAUACAGUAAGACAAGUUCGGAGCCUGGGAUCGCGAGAUGAAAAGUUUUUCUCUAGAACCGUAACUCACGUUAUCACAACGCGCGAUAUACCGAAGGCAAAGGACUUAGGCACAACUGAUGCACGGGUCACUCCUAACGAAGAGAGCCAAGGACAAGACGCGUCUGUCAAGACCAUAAACCCGGUGUUGCUGAAGCCCGGAAAUAGUUCGCGCAAGAAUCUUUUUGAUGAUGCACUGCACAAGAAGGCUAACGCCCAGGGACAACCCAUGCCCACAGAUGUUGACACUAGGCGCCAGCAGAGUGGACAGGGUGACAUCUUAUCGAGGGCGAGAGAUAUGGGCAUGAAGAUAUGGGCUCUGGAGAAACUCGAACGCAUGCUUGAGACGUUAUUUGCCGGUAAUGAAAAUGAGCGGCCUAGCAAUCACAACCUGCGAGGAACCCGCAUUACGGCUGUGCCUUCUCGUGGAGUAGUGUCACGCGAAGCUGACCUUUCGCAGCUGCUGAAGAAGGAAAAGAUCCAAGGUCCGGCCGACCGUGACUUGACUGUGGCUACGCAAGAGAUGGUACCACUGCGAGGAUGCUACGUUUAUGUGCACGAUAUGCUCGGACAGACGAGGCCGGUCAUGGUACGAGAUUACGCCGUACCAACAGUGAAGGAAGACGGGAAGUGGCCACAGUUCCGCAACACAGGCCCGGGAAAGUGUCCAUUCAUAGAAGACCCAAAUCACGUCAGGAAACAACAACUGCAGCAACGUGUCCAAGCCAAAACGGAGACGACUGCUCCUAGAACGCGUGCUACCUCUAACAUAGGAGUAUCAAAGAGCAUGGCUCUCGGCAACGUUGACGGGGCGAGGGCUCUUACAGAACGCAACAGUAAUCUACCACUUCGUCAGAUGACUGUCGAUUCAAUGGAAGAAGACAGCCUUAAUAAGCCCCUCGAGCCCCCCAAGGUCAUUCCUGCUAAGCGCAGUAAUACUGAUGACUUGCCGCCAAUGUACACCAGUGCACAGGCGAACCGAAGGCCCUUGCCAACAUUCGCAGGAGGCCAGCCCAUUGCGUCAGGGAUGCAGCCUUCGAACAUAACUUCAGCCAUCAGGUCUAACUAUAUUUCCUCGAUAUCUUCGACAGCUCCAGUCCCUGGCGCCUCUCGAGCCGGAAGCAGCAAAGAGAUCAACCAAUUGAAGCGUAAAGUCUUUGAAAGGACAAGUGCCCCCUCGGCAAACAGUGCGGGUUCAUAUGCCAAUGACGUGCGAGCUGCGAUCAAUGACGAUCGGGCUGUACCCUCACGGGCUGCCAAACGCAAAGCACAAGAAAACCUUGCUGGCAUCAUAGAGGAAGAAAGCGCGUGUGGCCGAGGGCAGGCUCCUCGUCGUGCUGCUCUGCAACGCAAGCGGUCUGCUGACAGGGAUCCAAAACCCGGCUAUUGUGAGAAUUGCCGUGAGAAAUUUGAUGACUUCGAGGUUCAUGUCGCAACAUCGAAACACCAGAAGUUUGGUCGAGUGAAAGAGAAUUGGAGAGAACUCGAUGACCUCUUGUCACAGCUCGUUCGCCCAAUGUUGAAACGCUGAUACAAGAUUUUCGGACGGACCGAAUGUCAAACCCGAAUCAAAAGUACUUUGACGCCCGAUACCGUUGCAGAUGACAUUUGGCCGCAGUAGCUUACAUUCUUCCCGCUUCAUAGCACUCCAGCAUUUUGGCGUUUUCCAACCGGUUGCACAUACCCAUACGCGACCGCUGCAUUGCUUGCAUUUGAG